CGCAAUCCCUCUCUCACCUUCCUCGAAACUUCUUCUGAGUUCUAACCAUUUCACCGAUCUAUAUAAUCCUACUGCCCACCUACCCACCCACCCACUCUUCUCUAUCUUCUUCUCUCGAUCUGGCUCUCUGCUUUUCUGUAGACAAAGUUUCAAUCUUUACGCGUUUCUUGAUUUACCGGCGAGGCAAAGGAGCAAGAUGGAGAACUCCCAGUCGUCUUUCUGGCAGUUCAGCGAUCAGCUCCGUCUGCAGGCGAGCACCUUGGCCAAUCUCUCCCUCAACGAUUCCAUCUGGAGCACUAGCUACGGUACCAAGCGUCCUGAGGCGAGGCGGAACUUCGAGGUCAAUUCGCUCAACAACGCCACCACCGCCGCCGCAGUUGCUCAGACCAAUAACCUGCCGGUCAAGGGUUUGAAAUCGAAUUACAAUCUCUUCAGUAAUGAUGGGUGGAAGGUCUCCGACGAGAUCGGUUCGAUUUCUUCCGGAUCCGGGUCUGGGCAAUCUGCCAAGGGGGCGUUUGGGGUGGGGUUGAACGGCGGGUUCAACAAGGGGAUCUAUCCUGCUCCGGCGACCAGCUUCAAUUCUUACAGUAAAGGGACUAACAACGUGGCGGUGAAUAACAGUCAAGGGUUUAACAUGAUCAAGAAAGCUGGGAAGAUGGUAUCUGAAGACGACCACGGGCACGGGAAAUUUGGGAAGAAGAACAAAAAUGUUAGCAGAGAAGGGAAUAAGGAGAACAAUAAUGGGGAGAAAAAUUCAUCUGAUAAGAGAUUCAAGACUUUGCCUCCCUCAGAAGCUCUGCCUAGAAAUGAGACUGUUGGAGGGUACAUCUUUGUCUGCAACAAUGAUACUAUGCAAGAAAAUCUUAAAAGGCAGCUCUUUGGAUUGCCACCCCGUUACCGAGAUUCGGUGAGGCAAAUCACACCAGGAUUGCCUCUUUUCCUCUACAACUACUCAACUCACCAGCUUCACGGAGUUUUUGAGGCUGCAAGCUUUGGUGGAACAAAUAUUGACCCUACAGCUUGGGAGGACAAGAAGAGUCAAGGGGAAUCGCGCUUCCCUGCUCAGGUGCGGGUCUUGACAAGGAAAGUGUGUGAGCCACUUGAGGAGGACUCGUUCAGGCCAAUCCUUCACCAUUAUGAUGGCCCUAAAUUCCGCCUUGAAUUGAACAUUCCUGAGACCCUCUCACUGUUGGACACUUUUGCAGAGGGCCGUGACGUGCCCAUCAACAACCAAGACAGCAUAUAAGUUAUAAUAAAGUGGCGUAAUGCGAAUAAGAAUAAGCUCGUUAGGCAAGCAAGUGAAACCAAAGAGAAGAGAACAUGUUUAGGUAAUAGGAAAACGAAACCUUGUUAUGAUCUCCCCAACGGCUUGAAGCUAAGCAAAAUCAAAAUGCUCUUUUUUAUUUUUUGUUUAAUGUUGGUGUACAUAUUACAGAUGAUGAUGUUUUUGUGUUGAAAAGGCAUGUACUCGGUCAUACUUAUAAUCUGUAAUAAUAUACUCCCUAAUCAUAUGUUUUACUCGUAUUUAUGUCUCCUCGGAAUUAACUUGUUU